GAAGCUGUUGAUUGGCAUAUGGCAUCGGACACACCGCAGGCACCCCCGUCAUACGCUUCGCAAAACCGCCGGGAGCGCCUUAGUGCCACAAAGCCAUCAGGGGCUCUCCUACAAGGCUCCUUGUCCACUCUCCACUCACAUCUAACAUGCCCUCUGCAUCGGCAUCCUCUAUGGCGGAAGACUACGCCGUCGCGAGCUCAAGAGCUAGCACCACGACUGCUAGCGCGUCGAAGGCGAACUCUUUCGAGGGCCGUCGCGGCCCGCCGCGCACUGGCAAAGAGAACCAGUUCACAUACAAGAACGGCCGAAAACAUCAUGCUUAUGGGUCAGAGAAGGCCCCUUAUCCACUGUCGUAUGAUAGAGAGGUCGUCGACGUGGAUGUCAUCGACAACGUUCUAAGGUUUAAAUUGAGCCCUGCCCCUUCGCUGGCGACUAUCCCGGCCCCGAGCCGAGUCUUGGAUCUUGGUUGUGGUACAGGAGGAUGGGCCAUUCAGGCGGCACGGGCGUGGCCAAACGCCGAAGUCGUCGGAUUCGACCUCGUUAAUGUUCAAAUAAACCUGGCGUGCGUGGAACCGUCAGUAGCACGACGCAUAACGUGGCAACAUGGCAACUUGUUCGUGUUUCAUCACAGUCUAUCCACAAGGCUUCCGUUCGAGGACGAUUACUUUGAACAUGUACAUAUUCAGUCAAUCUCUAAAGGUGUUCCAGAACACAAGGUGCUGGAGUUCGCUCUUCCAGGCACGUAUUUUAUCUCGACGCUGAAGCUGGAGAUUCAUCGUGUAUUAGCUCCAGCAGGCUCUGUAGAAAUAAUCGAAGAUGACAUCAUUUUCCCUGUACUCCCACGCUGGUUCACCGAACCACUGCGUGCAAAGGCCGAGCGCAGCUCAGCCAUCCAACCUACGAACGGCACUCAUAGUGAACCUAUACCCUCACCCCCAUCAUCUCCCCGUCGUCCGCCUCAUGAACAUGCUCUGCUCGAAUUGCUAUUCAAAUCUGUUUAUGAAAGUAGGUUUAUUAAUCUAAAACCAACCGCUGUGCUGCCUAUCUAUUUCACGCCGUUCUUCUCGCAGUGUCUUAGUGGUUCCCCCAUGAUUCUUCCUGUCCCUUUCCUCGCCCCUUUGCCACCACUGCCA